CCGGCCUUCCUGCAGCCUCUUCCGCUCGCCGGCUGCGGCGCCUGGGACGGUUGCGGUGGGUCUGGGCGCUGGGAAGUCGUCCAAGAUGAUUAAAAAAUUCGACAAGAAGGACGAGGAGUCUGGUAGUGGCUCCAAUCCUUUCCGGCAUCUGGAGAAGAGUGCUGUCUUACAGGAGGCUCGUAUAUUCAAUGAAACACCCAUCAAUCCAAGAAGAUGUUUGCAUAUUCUUACAAAGAUUCUUUACUUACUGAACCAGGGCGAACACUUUGGAACUACAGAAGCCACAGAAGCCUUCUUUGCAAUGACUCGAUUGUUUCAAUCUAAUGAUCAAACACUGAGAAGAAUGUGCUACCUUACCAUCAAAGAAAUGGCUACAAUAUCUGAGGAUGUGAUAAUUGUCACGAGCAGUCUGACUAAGGACAUGACUGGAAAGGAAGAUGUGUACCGAGGCCCAGCCAUCAGGGCUCUCUGCAGAAUCACUGAUGGAACAAUGUUGCAGGCCAUUGAGAGAUACAUGAAGCAGGCCAUCGUGGACAAAGUCUCCAGCGUAUCCAGCUCUGCACUGGUGUCUUCCUUACACAUGAUGAAGAUAAGCCAUGACGUGGUUAAGCGCUGGGUCAACGAAGCCCAAGAAGCGGCUUCCAGUGACAACAUUAUGGUCCAGUACCACGCAUUGGGAGUCCUGUAUCACCUUAAGAAGAAUGAUCGCCUUGCUGUUUCUAAGAUGUUGAAUAAAUUUACUAAAUCCGGUCUCAAAUCACAGUUUGCUUACUGCAUGCUGAUCCGAAUUGCCAGUCGCUUACUAAAAGAAAAUGAAGAGGGCCAUGAAAGUCCACUCUUUGAUUUCAUUGAGAGCUGCUUGCGAAAUAAACAUGAAAUGGUUAUUUAUGAAGCUGCAUCAGCUAUCAUCCAUCUUCCUAACUGUACUGCCAGGGAGUUGGCACCUGCCGUUUCAGUUCUUCAACUUUUCUGUAGCUCUCCUAAGCCAGCUUUGAGAUAUGCAGCUGUGAGGACUUUGAACAAGGUGGCAAUGAAGCACCCCUCUGCUGUUACUGCCUGCAAUCUGGACUUAGAAAACUUGAUCACAGACUCAAACAGAAGCAUUGCAACCCUGGCCAUUACUACACUCCUCAAAACAGGGAGUGAGAGCAGUGUGGACAGGCUCAUGAAGCAGAUAUCUUCUUUUGUGUCUGAAAUCUCAGAUGAGUUCAAGGUGGUGGUUGUACAGGCAAUUAGUGCUCUCUGUCAGAAAUACCCUCGAAAGCACAGCGUCAUGAUGACUUUCCUCUCCAACAUGCUCCGAGAUGAUGGAGGCUUUGAAUAUAAGCGGGCCAUUGUGGACUGCAUAAUCAGCAUUGUGGAAGAGAACCCUGAGGGUAAAGAAGCAGGUCUAGCCCACCUUUGUGAAUUCAUUGAGGACUGUGAACACACUGUUCUGGCUACUAAGAUUCUACACUUGUUGGGCAAAGAGGGCCCCAGAACGCCUGUCCCCUCCAAGUAUAUCCGCUUUAUUUUUAAUAGGGUCGUACUGGAGAAUGAGGCUGUCAGAGCUGCUGCUGUGAGUGCUUUGGCUAAAUUUGGGGCUCAAAAUGAGAAUCUUCUCCCAAGCAUCCUUGUACUCUUACAAAGGUGUAUGAUGGAUACCGAUGAUGAGGUUCGGGACAGAGCUACUUUCUAUCUGAAUGUGCUGCAGCAGAGGCAGAUGGCACUGAAUGCUACAUAUAUCUUCAAUGGCCUCACCGUCUCAGUGCCAGGGAUGGAGAAAGCCCUCCACCAGUACACACUGGAGCCUUCAGAGAAGCCCUUUGACAUGAAGUCUAUUCCUCUUGCUAUGGCUCCCGUCUUUGAGCAGAAAGCAGAAAUCACACUUGUGGCCACGAAGCCAGAGAAGUUGGCUCCUUCCAGGCAAGACAUUUUCCAAGAACAAUUGGCUGCCAUUCCCGAGUUUAUGGAUCUGGGACCCUUGUUCAAGUCUUCCGAGCCUGUUCAACUUACAGAAGCAGAGACGGAAUAUUUCGUUCGUUGUAUCAAGCACGUGUUCACCAAUCACAUCGUGUUCCAGUUUGACUGUACCAAUACUCUUAACGACCAGCUGCUGGAGAAGGUGACAGUGCAGGUGGACCCGUCGGAUUCCCAUGAAGUGCUGUGUUGCAUCCCAGCCCCCAGCCUCGCUUACAAUCAGCCGGGAAUAUGUUACACUCUGGUUCGCCUGCCUGAUGAUGACUCGACAGCAGGUCGCCCCAGUUGCUUCUCUGUCAGCUGGUGCUCACAUGACAGGCUGCUAGCAAAGACUCGUCAGAAUGGCUCUUCAUCUGCCUUCAUCUAAAGCAGGGAUUCUCAAACUGCAGCUUGUUAAGACACAGACUCAGCAGCUCAGGUGGGGCUGAAGAACACGUGUUCAGAAGCACUGCUCUAAACAGUCCCCUCAGCCAAGUCCUUUCAUUAAAAAUUUCCCACCAAAGCAUCGAGAUCGAGUCUACUUCUGACUUUCAUUAUUUUGCAGGCCUGCCUUCCUCUCCCCGUAUGCACACGAGUCCCUGCAGUGUGGCCUUAUGCCCAGCAUAUGAGGCCAGUGAGGCCCGUCUUUGUAGCUGACAGGAUCCCCCAUUCUGGGGGCCUUCGUGAUGCGUCUGGUUGUUCCCAUUACCAUGGCAGCUGCUGAGAGUUGUUCUCUGUACAAUGCUCCUCCUGACCUUAAUAACCGCCCCUUCCCCGCCCCUGCAGCUCUGGCCCAAGUGUGGGGCCUUCGCCGUCCAGUCAAUACCUGCCAUUCUUCAGGUGACCUUUUAAUCGGGGGACAACUACAACGUUGCUCUCCCGUUCCAGUCUCCUUACUAUCCACCCUGCCCUAAAGAAACAUGCCACCUUCUCUGGAGCACCACCACCCGCCCCUUUAGCCACCAUCUCCACUUCAUUCAGGGGACGUGGUCUCCUCCUCAACCGCUCUCCACCAGGUUCUCGCCCCACUAGCAAAACAUCUCCACCUGACAGUAAAUUCCAGAGUAACUUUAAUGUGGCGCUCACAUGACAAUUAUUUGUAUCUCCCUUUGGUUGUUUGCCCUGCCACAUUUUUAUUCCCCGCAGUGUAAUUUCAUCUACCACCUGUACAGAGAAGUCACUCAAGCUGGGUUCCCACCCCGUCUCGAGCUGCUCGUCUCCCGAUACUCGGCCUCCCCGCUGCAGACACACCACUCACACAGCGACCCCGUGUCCACGUGCUUUGUACCAGAUGCUUUGUACCAGGGGCAUCUUUACCUUUGUCCUUCCGGUCCUCCUCACCGGGACUUCCCACUGCCCUUCAGGCCCUGCUGUUCUGUCGUCCUCCAUACGGCUUUCAGUCGGGCUUUCAGACCCAGCAUAUGACCAAACCGACCAAUGCUGAGAUCUUACGGGAUUUCCCAUUCUGGGGAAGUCUAUUCCUCACCCUCUCUGCCCCUGCCACUCCCCCUGCUCCCCACUGCCCUUUCCACAGCACUCCCUUGACGUAAUCUCCGUCUCUCCUUUCCGAUAUGACCAUCAGCUGCGCUGCAAGCGUGGCACCAUACCCCUCCCGCCCAAACCUGCUGAUCUGCAGAUGCCCCGCCUCCUCUGCAGGCUCUCCCGCUCCUUCCCGGGCUUGGCCCCCGCUUGACCUCCAUUACCUACAGAGCCGCUUGUUUUGUCAGCUCCCCUCUUGGUAUCGUUUCUCAUGGAUUCUGCUGUUGUCUCGUUCCUCUUCCUUGUUCCGUCCAUGCUCUUCCACAUGCACUUGCCCCCCUCAGUUCAACCCCGACCUUCACGGGACUCCUGCCACCCGCCAUGGCUGACAUCCAUCCCGCUUCGACUCCUUAACCUCUCACUGUUGGUCACACUGUGGCACUCCCUGACACCACUUCUUAUUUCGCCACUUCGUCUCCACAGCCUCCCUCCUUCGGCUGUAAUCUAGCCUAGCCCGCAGCUCCCUGCUUACUGUGCGGCUCUGCCAUCUCCCCCCCACCUCCCCCCACCCCUGCCUGGCCCUUUGUGCCCUUUCCUCCUCACACCUUCUGCUCUGCUCCACACCUUAAGUGCCCUCCCUUCUUGGCUUCUAGCCUCCAGCUUCUCUCUUCUCCUCCAUGCCCAGGAAGUGUCACUUUUAGUUCUCACACAGCAGGUAGCUUCCAAGAGCAACCAAUUUUAAUGGCACUUCAUGAAGUGAACUGUGACACCUCACCCAGCCCUCCUUUACUUGCCCCCUCUUGACGGGAGGAGUGGGUGCCAGACCCUUCUCUUCAGAUGUGCUCCCUCAUCCUCUUCAGCCGUUCCCCAUGGCACAGUCAGCUCUUCUCCGGACAGACCACGUCCACGCACUCUACUAAGUCAAGCCCGGGAUCUCUAAAGUCACCAGCAGUAGCUUUUCAUCAACUUCCCUAUCACCCAAGUCCUUCAACUCCCAAUUUCCCUCCAAAUGGGUGCUCCGGGAGCUGGUCCGCUCUUGCCUCCUCCUCAAGUCCUUGCUCCUCACACUUUAUACUUCUCCUACUCACAACACCCAAAAUGUAACCAGUGACCUGUUUCCAGCUCUGACAAGAUGCCCCAUUCCAGACCUCCUUCAUCCCUCACCUGCUCUGCCUUGUGGGCCUUCCACUACUGUGCUUCCUUUUCUCUGCUUCUAGCCUCUCCUUUCCUUCAUAUUGUGUCAUGACUAGUGGCGCAGGAAUGAUGUCCCGUCCUUCCAGCCGUUAUGUCAUUCCUUAGUGACUCCUUUCCGUCUGAGGGCAACUUAAAUGCUGCUUUUUCUGUACCUUUCCUCCUUUUCCCCUACGUUUGUCCUAGAGAAAAACCUUCGCUUUCAACAUCCCUCCAGCCAUGUGUAGAGCAUUCCCAGGGACUCAGCACUCUUUCCUGGUGGGUAUUUGCUCUUCAUUUUUAGCACUCACUCCUCAAGUUGCGUCCAUCUGCCUGGAUUUCCUACACGCUGUGUACGGCAUCCAUUCCUUCUCAGUUCAGUCCAGACCUGCGUGGACUGCUAUAGUCAGUCUGUUUUGCAUCUAGCCCUUCUACCCCUUCCUAAUUUCAGCUCCAUUGGCUACAGCCUUUAAAUUAUUUCAACAAAGCUUUCUGGAGUGUCCUCAAAGCCCCCAUGUCUUAUUUAAUCAGUCUCCCCUCCAGUGGUUGAGACCGGGCAACUCCCCACCGAAUCUUCCACUCUGCCAUUUGCUACACUGCAUGUCCUGCACCCCAGCCUAACUCCCACGUCUCUCUCCUGACUUCAUUUCCAGCAUCUCUUUUCUCUAAUUUUGUGUUCUUUCACACAAGUCUCCUCAGUAGCUGUCUCUCAUUUCAGUCAGUCCUCUUAAGACAAGCCUCAUUUCUGAGAAGAAUUUUAAUGUAGAUCUCCAGGGCAUUCUGCCUUUAUUCCCUUUGGUUAUUUGCCUGGCUUCAUUCAUGAAGUCCUCAACUUUGUUAUGGCAAUGGAUUCAAUAUUAUUCUCUCGCCAUGAAAGGCCCCCCUCACUCCCUCUCCUCAUCACCCAGUGUUAGCCAUCCUUUCUAGCAACAUCAAUAGAUUGCUACCAGUGGUUUUACUGGAGUUCACCGUAGAUGCCCUGUAACCUCUCCUUCUAUCAACCAAACCAUUUAAUUAAAACUUUGUCACAGAACUUUCAGAAACAUUCUGAUACUGUUCCUCUUUGCUUCCUUAAUCUGUUUCUGUGUCACUUACUUAUAUAUUAAGUGUCUUAUGUCCUCACUUAUACAUAAAAUUCAACCAGUUUGCCGCAGGCUGUGAUCUACCGUUGUUCCCAGUGAUCUCCUAUUCCUCUUGCUCGUUUGCCUGUAGCCUCCCUGCUUAAUCAGAACCAAACUGGGAUUCAUAUAAUCUUGCAUUACUCAAUGUCUAUCCUGCCUCUCGUUCUUACUUGAUCAUGACCUUUGUCCCUCCAUAAUCCCGUAUCUCUCCUUUCUCUGAAUACUUCAACUGACCCACUCUAGGUCUGUGCUAACUUCCACUUCUUUCUUCCUUCUUCCCUUUCUCUCCUGCAGAAAACCCUACCCUAAUUAACCAUGUCAUUCUUUGACCAAGCCCCUAUUGCAUUGAAAUAGAUUCUGUAGUCUUAACAGGUAUACUCUUUCCUAUAUGGGACAAACCGCUACCAUCAUCCGUUUUCAAGGUAUUCUAUUCAAUUCAUUUGCUCUCUGAACUCAGACCUGUUCUUCAUAGGCUUCCCACCGGUGGCUUUAGUUACUUCUAAUAUUCCAAUCUCUUGACUGCCUCAGCCACCCAGGGCCUGUUGGAAAAUAUCUGGUCUCCUUCAUUUGAAAUGCAAGGUAUUUCAAAUUUGUUCCUAAACAAGUUCUCCUCAGCACCUGUACACUAGGGUCUCUCUCAUCAUUUCCACUUACCCCAUGGCCCUUCUGGCCACUUUCCUUUUGUGUACCUUCCUCUGCUUGCCAAAUCUUUUUUGCAUCCUUUGAGAUCCUGUUAAACUGUUGUAUUCUUUCAAAUUUUUUGAUUUCCCCAAGCUGUUAAUCCUGCACUCCCCCACGGCCCUCUGUUAAAACUUAAAGAACCUAUGGUAUGGAGUUGUAGUGUCACAGGUAUGCAGGCAGAUCUCUCUCCCUCUCUCCCUCUCUCUCCCUCUCUCUCCCUCUCUCUCUCUCUCUCUCUCUCUCUCUCUCUCUCUCUCACACACACACACACACACACACACACACUCCUAUUUAACUCCUAGACAAUCCGCUCUUGGAGACAGCAGUCAUGUCCCAGUCAUCUUUUUACCUAAGGAUCUGACACAUUAGAUUUAAUGUCUGCAUGUCUACUGUCAACACGUACUGCCACUGACCACAUACUUGGCCAGAAGGAGGGAGGGAGGGAGCUUAAAGUUGAGACUGAGCCGAUGAAAGUCCCAUUACCCAGCUUGUCAUAUACGGUCUUUACGUCGGAGUCUGUUCUUCCCUGUCCUUCCUAUCGCCCAGAUGACUCUUACUCCCCAACUUCUAGUAUGUUUUGUACCUGAUCCUAAAUGCCUUUUCUUCACCCAGACUUAAUAAAUCCCCUCCUUCCAACAGUUCAGAAAAUCUCAUCUUCUUCAUGAAGACUUCCCUUUCCAAAAAUUUAUCCCCGAUCUCCAUUUCUUCCUUAUUCUACCGGUCAUCCCCAAACAAUGAGGCUCACUUGCUUUUCCAUUUUAAGACAGUGACUCUACCAAUGCCAGAACCUCACUACUGACCUCCUCACUGUAGGUUGAAAGUUGACAUAAAGCACAUUCAUUCUGGUGGCCUGUGGACCCACUGUCAGUCCAGUCUAAAGAUAAAAUAUUGAUAUUGAGACUCUUGAUGUACUUAGCGUUAAUUUAAUGACCUGUGUGCUUUUUGGGUUUUUGUUUUUGUUUUUUUUUUGCUCUGCUCUGUCAGCUCCUAAAAGUAAUGGUUCUUACAUUUUUCAACAUGUAGACUCUUGACAGGCAUGGCAAAAAGCCCCCAAAGUUCUCUCCCCUGCUGCUUGCUUCAUACAAAUACGAAAACGGUGUUGCCCAUGUCGUCUUUUCUGUGCUAUUCUAACCCACGGUGGGGGAUGGUUUUUAAAGUGAUUUUGUGAGACUGCCUUGUCGGCCAGCCCCAGGCUCUGGAGCUACCACCCUAGGAAGCAGAGGCUGCGCGUGUUCUGCUUGACGGUACAGAACGCAGUGCCGUGUGCAGACGGGGCUCUCUGCGCCUCGGGCGGGGGCUCCGUGCCUGCCCCGGCCCUGACC